UUAACCACUUCAGCGCUGCCCAAUUACCUGCACGUUUUUCCAGUCCGUGCUCCCUGUGGCAGGCAGAGCCAUUCCCUGCCCUGCCCAUCCGUGCUGAGCCAGCAGGUCCCUGCACCCCCGUUUGUGCUGAGAUAACUUGUUUGGACACCCGUCCCGGCUUCUCUGGGCCACACCAUCCCAGCCCGGGGCCACACAGGCCAAGGACAGGCUGUAAAUGUCACCCUUUGUACUCUGCCGUGUCCACUUCAGCUGCAGUCGGAUUUGGAACUGAGAUAAAAGCAGGGCUGUUCUGCUUAGGAGGUGCAGGGGAGGGUGGGACAGGGGAGAAGGGUUUCAACCUGAGGGAUUUCUUACAUCUCCUAUUCCAGAUGCUAUGAAGCAAACUCACCCCAGGCCCCUGCCAAAAUCUGACAGGAUGGACUGGAGAACAAUCAUUUAUGUCAUUUUAUUGGUGAGCCUUAGAGUAGCCAAAGCCCUGCCUAGAACUUCUCAGGACAUAGAGGAAAAAACAAGCAUUGGCCAACGAUUUUCUCAGCUGCAGGAGAGCAAUUUUAAAGCCAUUGCCCUGAUCCUGUUUGCCCAGUACGUGCCAGGAGGGACGUUCGGCAGAGCGGCCGCGAUGGCCGAGGGGGUCACAGCCCUGGCCAGAAGGUGUGCGGCAGUGGCCAGCGACAGCCCCGACUGCCUGAAGCCUCUGGACAGGAUUUUCCUCGAUACAAUAUGCCAGGAGGAAAACCUUCCCCGGUCUGCUGACUGCUGUGCUAAAAAGGAUCCUGAAAGAAAUGACUGCUUCCUCUCCCUGAAAAACUCCUCACGAGGGUUCAGCUCUCCUUUGGAGAGGCCAGAUGCUGAAGCUGCCUGCAGAAACCAUUCACAGCAUGGACAGCCAUUAACAGGAUAUUUUAUCUAUGAAGUUUCCAGAAGACAUCCCUUCCUCUAUGCCCCAACAAUCCUCUCUGUGGCGCUGCAGUAUGAGGAGAUGAUGGAAAACUGCUGUGGAAGUGCUGAAGGCCCCUCCCAUCACAUGGAGGAAUGCUUCCAGAGACAGGCACCGAAGGUGGUGAAGCUGAUAAAAGAAGAUUCCCUGAGGCAGGAACACACUUGUGGAAUCCUGAAGAAGUUUGGAGAAAGGACCUUAAAGGCUUUGAAGCUUGCCCAGAUAAGCCAAAAAUUCCCCAAAGCUGACUUUGUCACCGUUCACAAACUGGUGGUGGCCGUGGCCGACAUGCACAAGGACUGCUGCCGCGGGGACACGCUGGGCUGCAUGCGGGACAGGGAAGAGAUCCUGCGCUACGUGUGCAGCAGCCAGCACGUCCUGUCCAGCCGGAUCCAGCAGUGCUGUGAAAAGCCCCUGUUACAAAGGAGCGAAUGCAUCCUCAACGUGGAAAACGAUGACAAGCCUGCAGGCUUGUCCCCCCACGUCAGGGAGUUCAUUGAAGACAAAGGAAUAUGUGAACGUUUUGCCCAGGAAAAAGACAUGCACUUAGCCAGGUUUCUGUAUGAAUACUCCAGGAGACACCCGGAAUUUUCUGCCCAGAUGCUUCUCAGGAUUGGCAAAGGCUACGAGGACCUGCUGCGGGAGUGCUGCAGGCCCGGGGCUCCCAGUGGCUGCCGCAGCAGAGGGGAAGAAGAACUGAGGAAACAUAUUUAUGAAACGCAGAGUGUCAUGAGGACAAGCUGUGACAUUUACAAGGAGAAAGGAGAUUACUAUUUCCAAAACGAGCUCCUCAUGAGUUUCACCAAGAAGAUGCCUCAGCUGACAUCGGCAGAGCUGAUCAAAUUCACCAAGGAAAUGACAACCAUCGGCUCCAAAUGCUGCCAGCUGGGCCAGGACAAGCUGCUGCCUUGUGCCGAGGAACACCUGGAUCUCGUGCUUGGGGAAAUCUGUAGGAGACACCUGGCUGAUCCCAUAAAUCCCGGAGUUUGCCGCUGCUGCAGCAGCUCCUAUGCCUUCAGGAGGCCCUGCAUAGGCAAACUGGAGAUUGAUGAGAGUUAUGUGCCCUUAGCACUGACUCCAGGCCUUUUUGCUUUCCAUGGAGACCUGUGCACCUCAGAAGAGGAGAAGUUACAGCACAGGAAGCAGGAGAUGCUCGUCACCCUCCUCAAGUACAAGCCACAGAUCAGCCCCGAGCAGCUGGGCUCCGUCACAGCCGCCUUCACUGCCAUGAGGGAACGGUGCUGCAGAGAGGCCAACCCUGAGGCCUGUUUCCUCAAAGAGUGCUGUUUCAGCCCACUCAACUUCAUACUCCAGAGCUGCUCUGGCUCCUCUUUACCCUGCGGGUCCAGAACUUAUCAAAAGGAGUGAGAAAAUGCUGUCAGCAUAAGGAGCUGCACAGCCCAUGGGAAGGUCCUCGCUGGAUGACAGGAAGUGACACAAACUGCACAGGGAGCAUUUAAACCAAACCAAGUGUCUGAAAGCCAGGUUAAGCUAGAGGGAGGCUGCAUGCCCUUAAGUAAUUCCACCAAAACAAUCAGUUAAAUGAUGGAAAUUCAGGGUUUGACUGUGGCCACCAUCUCCUGGUAUGCAAUGUUAUUUUAUUACCCCAAAUAGUCACAGACCAAAACAAAGGCAUUUUAAAUCUUAAGCUUAUAAAGCAUAAGUGCAAAUGAGAUCAAAUUAAGAAAAUCGGCCUGUAACCAUUCUAACUUAAUCACUGAAUAAUUAUUUUUGCAUUUUUAUAACACUGGCCUUGAACUACAGCAUAUGCACUCACUAAUAUAGGCUGCUUGGGAGCGCUGUAA